AACUUUUAAAUGCAUACAUUUCAAUUCUUUUUAGUUCCAAACAAAGUAUUUAAUGUAAAUUCAUUUUUCUAAUUUUAAAUCACAUAAUUUAAAUUUAUUUUUAAACUUUCUUCACUAUAAAUGGACGGUAAGAUUUUGUGCAAAAGAAAAUUGAUCAAAAAAAAAGAAAAGGAAAAAGAAAACCUAGCCUUCACCAUCUUCUCCUCUCCCUGGCACCCCCGACCAUCUUCCCCUAACGGUGCGUACCUCUUCGCCGGCGAACCUUCAACGGCUACGGCGUGUAGACGCAGCGCAAGCAUUCCUAUUCUUCGGCAACGUCAGACCACGGAAGCUUUGAUUACCCAUCUUCGCGCUACUUCACCACGACGGGGUGAUUUGAUUAUAUGUUGUUUGAUCAUUGAACUAACCUUUGGAAUUUUAAUGUCAGAAUUAAGAUUCUUCUUUCGGGAAAGAUAGCGAAGCUCUUGUUAGAUUCAGUCCAGAAGCAACCCCACCGGGUCCUUGAAGAACACUUCAUUUCUCUGUUACGAUCAUGUAAGGCAGUGGCGCUGCUUCAGAAAGUUCAAGCCCAGAUUAUUACCCAUGGUUUUCAACACAAUGAAUAUGUAGCUCCCAAUGUGGUAUCUUCAUGGGCUGGUCUGAAGCGAAUGGCUUAUGCCCGCCAUCUGUUCGAUCAUUUUCCUGACCCGAAAGUAGCGCUUUGGAAUGCAACUUUCAGAGGGUAUUUCCAUAAUGAGUUUUACAGAGAAGUGAUUUUCUUGUUCGCAAAAAUGAAGAGCAUGGACGUGAGACCCAAUUGCUUCACGUUCCCUCUUGUCCUCAAAUCUUGUGCGAAGAUCAGAGCAUUUGUGGAAGGUGAAGAGAUACAUUGUGAGGUGAUUAAGGGAGGGUUUGAAGGGAACCAAUUUGUGGCUACUACGUUGAUCGAUGUGUACUCUGGUGGGAGGGUGAUUGGGUCUGCGUACAAGGUGUUUGUUGGAAUGCUCGAGAGAAAUAUAGUUGCGUGGACUUCCAUGAUUAGUGGCUACAUUUUGUGUAAUGAUGUGGCACUUGCUCGCCGACUUUUUGACUUGGCACCGGAACGGGAUGUUGUGCUGUGGAACAUUAUGGUUUCUGGUUAUAUUGAAAUAGGAGAUAUGGAAGCUGCCAGAAAGCUGUUUGAUACAAUGCCAUACCGAGAUACGAUGUCUUGGAAUACAAUGUUGAGUGGUUAUGCAAAUAAUGGGGAUGUUGAGGCUUGUGAGAAGCUGUUUGAAGAGAUGCCUGAGCGGAAUGUUUUCUCCUGGAAUGGAUUGAUUGGAGGAUAUGCUCACAACGGGCGUUUCUUUGAAGUAUUGCGUUGUUUCAAACGAAUGCUAACCGAUGCCGUUGUUGUUCCCAAUGAUGCCACCCUUGUCACUGUGCUAUCUGCUUGUGCAAGAUUAGGAGCCCUUGACUUGGGAAAGUGGGUUCAUAUAUAUGCUGCAACGAUCGGGUUUAAAGGAAACAUUUAUGUUGGAAAUGCAUUGAUAGACAUGUAUUCAAAAUGUGGUGUAAUAGAGAAUGCAAUGGAAGUUUUUGGAAGCAUGGAUUUAAAAGAUCUUAUUACUUGGAACUCUGUAAUUUGUGGGUUGGCAACUAAUGGAUGUGGGGUAGAUGCAUUAAAUUUGUUUCACCAGAUGAAGAUCACUGGCGAAAAACCGGAUGGAAUCACCUUCAUUGGGGUGUUGUGCUCCUGUACCCAUCUUGGGUUAGUUGAAGAAGGCAUCUCUUAUUUCAACUCAAUGGUCCAUGACUACUCAAUUACGCCUCAGAUUGAGCAUUAUGGUUGUAUGGUUGAUCUAUUUGGCCGAGCUGGUCUUUUGGACCGAGCAAUUGAGUUUGUGAAGAGGAUGCCAAUGGAAGCAGAUGCUGUCAUCUGGGCUGCUCUACUAGGUGCAUGCAGGAUUUACAAAAACAUAGAUCUGGCUGAGUUAGCUCUUCAAAAACUCAUUCAGCUUGAACCCAAAAACCCUGCAAACUAUGUCAUGCUAUCAAAUAUCUAUGGAGAUCUUGGUAGAUGGAAAGAUGUUGCACGGUUAAAGAUUUUAAUGAGGGAUACCGGGUCCAAAAAAAUGCCAGGAUGUAGCUUGAUUGAGGUGAAUGAUAGCGUAGUUGAGUUUUAUUCCUUGGAUGAGAGGCAUUCUCAGAGCAAGGAAAUCUAUGGAGUCUUAAAGGGAUUGAUGAAAUUGUUAAGAUCAUUUGGGUAUGAACCAAAUAUUAUGGAACUCCAGCAGGGAUCAUGAGAACCAACGGGCCACAUGAAAAUGGCUUUUGAAUGUCUGAGAUGGUGUCUUAUCUAGCUGCAAUAUCUUUCCAUCCUGGUUAUACUGCUGUUUCAGCUAAUUUAACCUCCGGUCUAUUCAAAGUUCCAAACAAAUCAUAACUACAAUCUAGGACCUGGAUGGAUGAAUGUUGGGGAUAGCCCCCACUGUGAUAUUCAUUGAUAGCAGUCUUUGAAGCUAUUAAAACUUCCAAGUGCUGCUCGUAAUCCUGAGAUUGAUUUUCAUUCAGAAACCCGCCCCCCUGUUAGAAACAAAACUCUCUCAACCCUAAUUUUGCAUCCACUUUUUUGAAUCAUUGUCCAAUACAUUCUUCCCAGUCAUUCUUUAGUUCCUCCCUCAUUGAUCCUCAUCUAACUACUUGACUUUGACUGAAUACUUUUCCUUAUUUUAUUUUAAACUUCUCACCUAAUGUGCAGAGUUGCGAUGUUUGAUUUCACAGUGAACUUUACUAUUUUAGUGUCGUUGGUGAUCUGCUUUGCAGGAGAGAAUCAUCGAUUAUGUCAAAGAUGUUGGGAAGAAACAAGAUUUUGCUCCUAGUUUCAUUCAUCAUUACAACAAGAAAUUCUGGUAAAUUCUUUUUUAUUGCCUCUACAUAGCACCCUACACGGUUGGUUUUUUGUUGCAUUAUUUCAUGUUCUGGCAUUCUAAAACACUCGAGUUUUUCCAGUCUUUGUAGUUCAAUGAGUAGAUAUUAUACCUUGUAUAAUAGCACAUACUAAAAAUACCUUAAAUUCUUAAAGUAAGCUUUUGGGUAUAUCGGUGGUCUAAAACAUGAUAUCAAUACGAAAAAUUGGGUUCAAACUCUUCUAAUUAUCAUAUUUUUCUCUAAUCAAUAUCAAUAGAUUACUUGCAUCGACUAAUUUAUUAUGCUUGUUGAUUGUUAAUAGAGGGGUGGAGAGUGGAAGAAGAUAGACAUUAUCUCAGUGAGUGAGUUAGCGUUUAAGCGUGAUCUCAAAAAGGAAUACCUCGAAACAUUUAGUUUAUCGUAUCGAUCUUAUAUUUUUUACCUUUCAAUACAUUUGAGUAUCCUAUGGCCUCUCUGCCACCAAGCCUUUGAAAUUUUGCAACAAUUAGUAAUGCAACCAAAGGUGAGAUGGUGGCUGGUGAAGGCAUUUGAAAUUUUUGUAACAGCUAUUAUAACUAUCAAUUCUCUCGGGCAACGUUAAGUGCUGCCCAUGAAUCCAA